GAUGUCUCCUGAACGCAACACCAACCGGACUACAAUCCGCCGACGGCCCGACGCAGGCAGGGCCUCCCGGGAAAUGGAAAGGCGUGGCGCGUGCGUUUUGUUACUGUAUGUACAAUACGUUACAUACUAGUACUGUGUAUAGUACCGCCAAAUGCUUGCGCAGGCAGGUUUUUGAAGCAUCUGUGGAAAGACGGGUCUGUCGCAAGUCUUUACGCAGCUUAUGGGGAUACUUGGUUAAACUUUGAUAUCAUCUAUGUUGAUUUAUCGGUUCAUCUGCUGUUCUGAGGCUGAAGAUUUCGUUGCGACUGGAGUGACGCUUUGAACCGAGUGCACCGCCAAGACCGACGACCUCGAUAAGAUAGGAGCUCCAAAAAUCAAUUGAUGCAACCACACUGAGGUCUGCGAUCUUCCGAGGCUUUAUCUUGUUGCGCUGUCUUCUGACUCCCAUGUCUGCCACAUGGACGGAAAACGAGCUCUGCCCCCCGGAAAGGGGACGGGGGCGGGAGAACGAAAGGAGCCCCCAGCGGUGACAAAGGAAAACAAACCUCGACCGCAAGAUGGACGGGCCACGACCACGACGAAUUCGCGUUCUGCGAAGCGCGUCAAGUUCCACGAUGCCCGCAACAUCCGCACCCAGCCGUCCGAUGCUGCUCUCGAGGACGGCAAACUUGACUUGCAGAAGUUUCUCAGCACCCGCGAGUUCGAGAUCAAGGCGCUGGAGAGCAGCAUGCGCAAGUGCAAGGCUGCAAACGCAACCCGCGUGUUCCAAUCAGUGCCCCGCGCUAUGCGGAGGAGGACAGCAAGCCACAAUGCCAAGAGGGUCCCAAAGCGACUGCGUGAGCGCGCAAAGAGGGAGAUGCUCGAGGAUAAUACCCCGACCGUCGAGGCUAGAAAGCGCCGUCCUCGCACCACGCGCGCCCGCAUCCGCGCCGAGACGGCGAAGAGGCUGGGCAUUCUGGCGGUGAGGAAGAAGAAGAAGCAGUUGGAGAAGCGUGCCGCCAAGGGCGGCCCUCCACCAGAAGGAGGUGCGAAGCCAAUGGUGCACACAAGGCAAGCCAGGCCAAAGAUUCGACGCGACAUGUUGAACGAGCCGCCAAGGGCCGAGUCCAAGUUCAGAAAGAGACAGAUCAACAAAACGUGGCUGCCAACGCACCUCUGGCAUGCGAAGCGGGCCAAGAUGACGGAGCCCAGCAAGCCGCUCUGGAGAUUCGCUAUCCCACUCACGCCUACUGAGAAAUGCUACCGACCAACCCAUCGUGCCUCUGGACAGAAGGGCGUCGUGGUCUGGGACAUGAGCUACAUGAGCACCAUCGGCCUGUAUGGGACCGCUGAAGGUGUCGAGCGAGUCUUGAGAGCCCUAGGCCUGACCCAGGAGGGCUUAUGGGGUGCGCGCGGCCAGAAGUGGAGGGCUGGUGUCCGGAGAUGGACUGGGAUGCUGAGCAAGCAGGUCACGGACUUUAGACGCGAUAUCGGGCCUGCGACGAUCGUUUGGAAUCCUCAACCACCGGCUCCAAGUGACGGGGCUACCAACUCGAGUCUUCCAAAGAAGCUGCAGAGACAGUUGUUCAUCCGCACCCACCCCUCCUGCUUCCUUGAGUUGUUCCAAGAGCUGCUCAAGCUCGUCCGGAUGCAGACGCCCCGCCUCCAUAUUGAAGAUCUCCGUUUCGAGAUCGGUAGUAUUGAGCUUACUGGUCCUGGUUCUACGGAAACUCUGCUGAGCGUCCUUCAACCAUACUACGACGGGGCAGAUAGUACCGAGUGUCACGCUCAGAUUUUCAAGGCUCUCGCAGGCGUCGCAAAUCCCGCAACUCUCCCCAAAGACGCCCUCCUUGCGUUCUCAGUGAAAGACCCUCGGUUGUCUUAUCCCCCGAGAAAGCUCGACAUCUCAAGUGGAGCGGCGAGUGCGCUCAUCGAUACGGUCACAAAAUGGCCCGUCGAGGAAGGGCUGAGACCUUUCGACAUCUUCAGCCGAGAGAGCCGACUCCGGGCCUCAAGAUUGCCGUCUCAGAAAGCCGUAAAUCGCCGAAAAGGCGCCAACGCGCCUGGAGAACCGCUGAAACUCACGGCUGCCGAUCCGCCGAUCCCGGUUAUGUUGCUCGCCUCGAGGCCGUCGACUGACGGGCAUGCCCAGGGCACCUGGACAUUGUUGGCACCUUGGAAGUGCAUUAUGCCAUUCUGGUAUACUCUUAUGCAUGUACCCCUUUCCACUGGCGGCAAUCCGCGCCUUGGAGGGUUGGACGAGCAGAGACAGAUUGCCUUCGAGCAGGGAGCUCCGUGGUUCCCUGGCGACUUCCCGGCCACCGAUGCCGGUCUGGCCUGGGAACUAGAGCAGCGGGCCAAGAGGAAAGCGGAUUGGGAUCGUCGCCCUAAAGGCAAGAGGGUUGAAUGGAAAUCCCUCGACCUGGGUGCUGGGCGAAAAGGCGAAGUCGGUGAUGGCCUGGCGUGCGAUUUUGAGCACCUCUUUGCCCUGUCCGCAGACGGGUCCGCGGACCUUCAGGCGACCGACUCGUCAAUUCCGGAUGGGGCCGAGACGAUGGACAUCGAUCCUCCAGGGCGGCCGGCAGGACCCGAGACCAUAAAGGGGUCCGAAUCUUGUGCGAGGGGGUUAGGGAUGAUCCGGCGGUUGCCAAAAGCGUCAUUUACCUCGUUCCUCGGAUCGGCGGAUUCAGGCAAGGCGCCGGAGAACUCUAUCGUUACGGUGAGCUUGACUUUCACGACAAGAGGCGUCGCGGGCCCCUGCGCCAGGAUCUACCGGCUGCCCCUUCGGAAGUCAAGGACGGUGGAGCCUUCUACGGACGCCGAAGUGCUUGCUACAGACCCUAUCUCAGCAGAGCCAGGGUCGCUACCUGCAAACCUUCGAGAUCAGUGGCUUCGGAAGCUCCCCAGUGCCAGGAACAAAGCUCAGGGCAGCAUCGCAACCCGAUUGGCUGCCGCGCCACAGAUGGCCCCCGGCGUCGACAUGGAGACGCGCAAAAAGCUGCUGGCGCAAUCUCUUGUUGCGACGGAGCUCCCCUAUCCUAGGCCGCCUAGCAACCAGAUGGACAUCGGCGGGCAUCACCCUCUAUGCCCCGACGAGGAGGAUCUGCUCGGAUUCGUCACAACGGGUGCGUUCAGCCUGAGCGAAGGCAAAGGCACGGCGAUUGGUUCUAUCUCGGCGCAGAAGGCCCUCGAGACGCUGCGGGAGGCUGGGGCUAGGGAAGGCAAGCUCUGUGUUGUGAGGAAUGCGGGCGAGAGUGUGGGCUGGCUGGCGAGAUGGGAACUUGUUUGAUAGGCAGGUACGGUUCUUGGGAGAUUCACUGUACGUUGUUGCUUCUUUUCGGAGCGCAACUAUCAGAACGGUCUUAGCGGCGACAUUGCCGGGCUUGUCGGGCUG